AUGGAAAACAGAAGGAAGGUACAACUCAAUAUUGUAGAAGUUGGAACUGUUUUAUCUGAAGAGAAGGCUAGUUUUUUAUUGUCAGCUCAUACAAAUGAUGCAGUCAAAAAAGCUAUCUUAGGCAUUCCGAGUGUUAAGGCCCCUGGACCGGAUGGAUAUCCAAGUUGCUUUUUUCAAGAUAACUGGGAGCUGGUUGGAAAUGAUGUUUGUUCAGCUGUUCUAGAUUUUCUUCACACUGGGAAUCUUCUAAAGGAGCUGAAUACAACAAGCUUGAUCUUGAUUUCGAAAAUCAAAUGCCCAACUGACAUAGGUGACUUUCGUCCUAUUGCUUGUUGUAAUGUUGUUUACAAAGUGGCCACUAAGCUGAUUUGUUCCCAGUUGAGGAGUAUUUUACCUUAUCUGAUAGCUGAAAAUCAUGGUGGUUUCAUAAAAGGGAGGUACAUUGGCCAUAAUAUAAUGGUAUGCCAAGAUUUGGUAAGACAUUAUGGUAGGAAGAGUUCAAAGCCUAGUUGUAUGAUAAAAUUAGAUCUGAGGAAAGCUUAUGAUACGGUAGAAUGGGAUUUCCUUGAGGAGAUGUUGAGAGCAUUUAGAUUUUCGGAAAAGUUUAUUCAACAUAUCAUGAUUUGUUUACGCAAUCCUAGGUACUCUAUUAUGCUGAAUGGUGCAAUACAUGAAUAUUUUACAGCUAAGAGGGGCCUUAGGCAAGGAGAUCCCAUGUCCCCCCUGUUAUUUGUUUUGGGCAUGGAAUAUCUUACAGGUAUUAUGAGGAAAAUAGGCCAGAAACCAGAUUUUCGUUAUCAUGACAGAUGUGCAACAUUUGAAUUAAACCACCUUUGUUUUGCUGAUGAUGUACUGUUAUUUUGUCAUGGAGAUUUCAAAUCAAUUUAUCUGUUACUGCAAGGCCUCAAGUUGUUUUCUCAAUCAUCAGGAUUGCAUCCAAAUGAAGCAAAAUCGGCCAUAUACUGUAAUGGCAUGGAUUCCAGGGAAGUUCAAAGGGUUUUGGCUGUUUCAGGAUUUGCUCAUAGUAAGCUGCCUUUCAGGUAUCUUGGUAUUCCUAUAAACUCUAAGAAACUCUUAGCUGCUGAGUGUGAGCUUUUAUUGGAUAAAAUGAUUAUGAUAUUGCCUAAGAGAAUACUUCAAAAGGUAACCUCCAUAUGUAGGGCAUUCUUAUGGAAAUGUGCGUUUGAGUAUAUGGGUCCAGGUUAUGUGGCUUGGGAUUCACUUUGUAAACCAAAAAAAGAGGGAUGUUUGGGUUUUCAAAAUGUGAUAGAAUGGAAUCAAGCAGCUAUAGGGAAAUAUGUAUGGGCUGUUGCAGCAAAACAGGAUAACCUCUGGAUUAAAUGGGUUCAUCAUGUGUAUUUGGGAGGAGUUGAUUGGUGGAGUUAUGAAGCCCCACCAUCGAGUAGUUGGUACUGGAAGAAAAUAGUGGCAGUGAAAAACAAGUAUAAACAAUGCUUUGAUUUACAAAUGUUCUCCACUGGGACAUAUAAGAUCAUGAAAGGCUAUCAGAAGCUUUGUCCUGUGUUUGAAUCAAUGAAUUGGCAUUGCAGGGUGUUAAAUGACUUAAAGGCAUGGCUACACUGGAAGGCUAAAUCUGUCUCUUUGCAAAAUUUAAUCAGUAACAUUAGGCACAGCAGACAUAAUCGAUUUAAGAAAGGAGUUUUUACUGCUACAGUUGCUGCUAUGACGAACCCAUACCUUAUUGAGUCAUGGAAGGAAUAUCAUUGGAAGAAAGCAACAAAUGAUUUCGUGAACGAUGAUGCUCGCCAAGAUUAUAUGCUGCCUGUGCUUGAUAGUGACAAUAUUUAUGGAGCUUCGUCUUCUCAACCUCUAGCUCCAACCCAUCCUUCCAUGGACGGGGCAGCGCCGUCUCAACAUAUGGUACCUCCAUAUAUGUACGGAGCAACACCUUAUCCGUGGCCGAUUCCACCGUCUUCCCAGCAGUCGUAUCCCUACAUGUAUGGAUCUGGAUCGUUCACAUUACCUCCCCAAUAUCCUUGGCCGAUGCCGCCACCGCAGCAACCACAACUGCAGCCACCGCAACGACCACAACUGCAACAAGAAGACAAUAGGGAGGACGACGAGGCAUCUGAUUGA